AUGUCGGAUUCUAGACCAUCGAUAUUUCCCCCUGAUGGAGAUGUUCUCAUUAUGUCACCCAUGGGCAAACAAUGGAAAGUUCACUCAUGGAAGCUCAUACACGUCUCCUCAGUCCUUGGUGCCCUACUUAAAGAUGUUUCACCACGAACUGUUACCAAGGCCAUGAGAACUGAAGGGACGACUGUUAGAUGGUGGAUUGAGAUGAAACCCUUUGCGGCCUUUGAUGAUCCUCGUUUCCGAGAUUUCGAAUGCGUUCCGAUGAGCAAAAAAGGAAAGCUUAACUUGAAUGGCGCUGGUGCCUAUAAUGGCAUCGGAGAUGUGCCGUUCGAAAAAACCUACGACAACCUUUUCAAAAUGAUGUACUCCCUGACCCCAGAUUUCACAGACGACGUCGAGGAUGGUGCAAAUGGCUAUAUCACCGAUUGCGUUUCCGUUCUCCAAGCUGCCGAGUACCUGAACGCCUUGCCCUCUGUUCGUCCAUUCGUUGAAAGUUACCUGUUGCGCAUCAGCCAGAAGUUCUGGGUCCAUGUUGCCAAGGCCCCCGAGGCAUGGUCCGAUAUUGCUUGUAGUCUCCAGUCGGCCAUUAUCUUUCGCGAGUCCAUCAUCCACAUUGCAGGUGGUCUCGAGAUCCCAGGACAAAUCAAGAAAAGCAGAUUUGCGAAUACUCGGUUCGGAAAGGUUUGCCUCGAGACAGCGGAGCGGAAAGCUCUGGAGCUCCGAGAAAAGAAGCUCGAGGUCGAGCGUCGGUUGUCGCAGUACUAUCCAGAGCGUCUCAUUCGCAGAGAGACGCCCGAUAAGAUUCCCGGCCGUGCCGAUUAUGGUUCGGAUAUUUACUAUUGGCAGGCUCUGAUUAUAUGUCGUCAGUUCUUCCAAUCUGCCAUCCUGGCAAAUCGACAUCAUCGUCACGAAGAUGGGGGCGUGGAAUUCUAUCGUACCGUGUUUCGCUGCGAUUAUGUCGAUAAACACUCUGCAGAUGAGUUUCAUCAACUCUUUGCCAUGUCGACCAAGGGAAAACAGUGUCUCGCUGAAGCGGUUGAAUCGAUCAAGGAUGAUCAUCGCAUCAUCAUCGCCGAACUUUUGGAGGACAACUUGCAACUCCGUACCACGGUCAGAAGCAAGCCAUUGCGAUAUCUGACUUGCAUCAACAUCGCCGAGGAAGAGUUGCCUUGGAUUAUGAAUCCUAACUUAUAUGCAGGCUCUGAUCCAGGACAAGGCGGAGACGAAGACGAGAUUAUUGACGAGGGUUCAAUGAGCCCAGAGAGAGGUCCAGCAGAGGUCAUGAGUGAGGGCGAGGCUCUUAGCCCGGAGAGAGUUCCAGGUGAAGAGGUCAGGUUUGGUGAAGAUGCCAUGGGAAUGUCGGGAGAGGAGAGACUGGAGGCUGAUGCCGAGGAAGAUGAGGGCGAGCCGGAAUAUAACGAGGAUGAGAGUGCAAAGGAUGAAGAUGAAGAUGAGUAUAUGGAAGGCGCAUAG